CAACUUGACAGGAUUGACAGUGUUUUCUCUGUGCGCGUCUUCAGUCCGCUGCUGCGUGCCUCUUCCUCGUCCGAGUCAUCUCCCAUCGCUCCCAUCCAGACAACGAGUCCCCAUCCGCAUAUAUAUAGCCACUGACAACGCUUUCUUUCCCACAGAGGCUCUCCAACACCUUCCACCAUCGGCAUGUCGGACGACACCGUGAUGGCCGCCUCGGGACCAACAACGAAACACAACGCCCCGCCAUUGGAGCUCAUCCCUCGCAUCCUGUGCCGUGUCGCCCUCACCUCUCCCCAAGACUACGUCAACUGCCUCUUAGUCUGCAAGGCAUGGGCGUCAGCGCUCUCCACACGGGAACGCUUUCUCCUCAAGUACAACUUCCAGGGGGCCGAGGAGAUGCCUGCCGAUGGAGGGGAAAUCUAUCAUGUGCCUACCGAUGAAUCCGACCAUGCAUUGGACACUGCUGCGUACAGGAUGUGCCGCAAGGUUCUUGUCGUCUACCUUGCGUCGGAAUUCGACUUCAUUCGGCAAAUGCAGUUCCGUCUUUGGGAAUGUUCCGACGUUGCUCAUUCCCGACAUGCGCGAACGGAUACCUCCCAGUGGGUCACGCUGAGCGCAGACGUGUCGUUCUUGACCGGACCGCUGCGUAUCAUCUGCACACGUCUCGCAAGCACCGGUGCCCGACACCCUGGUCGGAGUUACCUCGACUUUGGCGGAGGGAACGAGGGCGAUUUUCUGGCCCCGUUCAUGACCGCGCCUGUCGCGGAGAUGGACAAUCUGACCGACUCACGUGAGGGUGAAACGCUCCUGCUCAACACUCUCCUGUCUCGAUUCCGAGUCUCGAAACGCAUUCGGGAAUAUAUGGGCCUGAGGCGGAUAUCCGUCGCAGAUGAAGCCGGGACCACGGGAUACCUCGUGGACAAGCUUCGUUGGUAUUGCGACGUGGAUUACGACUCGCCGACGCACGCGGAUGACCACAAGCGGGCGAAAGCGGUGGAAUUUUAUCAGGGCCUGAAAAAUGAGGAUAUCGUCGAGUUGAUCGAGCUGGAUUUCGCGGAAGGGAGUAACUAUGAUGAUGAAUUGCAUGGAGGAUGGACGGGCAACACAUGCUGCUUUGUGCUCUGCAGACGGAGGGUGCCCCGCCGCAAUGUGCUGGGAUAUUUGAUGUACGCGAACUACAAUCCUUGAGCGGAAACACCACCACCCUCUUCGCUGUAGU